AUGGUAAAAAAGAGCCCAGCUGUGGAGUCUGACCGCCUCGGGGCAGCCUCUAAAAUCGCCCCUCCGCCCCCAGGUAUCCACACCCCGGUGACACCCCCGGGAAUCCACACCCUGGUGACACCCCACUUCUACGAGGCGUGGGCAGGGCCCAUGGUCUGUGUCCAGCCGAUGAAAUACGGCAAGAUAACACGGUUCCCUGCACGCCGCAAAGACUGGAAAUUCUUCCAUACUGUGGGUCAUCUUUGCACGGUGAGCCUCUCCGAAAACUUCACAGAUAAAGGGACAUACACAGAAGAACUUGUCCAUGGUAGCCAAGAAGAACACGGGCGAGUGAAAAUGCUGCCAGUGGCCUCCUUUGCUCUGCAGCCCACACAGGCUGCGGGGGCACCGUUCCAAGGGACAGGUGGAGUCGCAAAGACCCACCUCCACUCCCAGUGCUGUGUUCGCUACUCAGGGUACACACUGGGGCCACCGCCAUGUCAGGGACUCUGCAGCUUCCGCUGGCGGCAAGGAGUGAAACCAGUCCAGGAAUGGGAGCCCCAGGUCACCUGGCCUCCUGCCGCACCUUCAGGAAGAAGGGCACCUCAGGAUCUGGGAGCCUCUGGACAGAGAAGUAACUUUAUACCGAUCUCGCACUCCGGGGUCGGGACAAAGGUAUCGCUGCGUUCCUCCCGCUGUGUGCUGCGUUCGGCCUCGGCCCAAUUCCUCUCCCCGGGUUCUCAAGUCACAGACAGCCUUAGGGCCAAGUCCAGCCGUGACCACAAGCGAGGAUGCUUCCCGGCGGGGUCGGCGUCCCUCGCCCUCCGCCACUCCCGAAAACUCGGCCCGCGGCCGGCCGGGGACGCGUUCACAGGGAGGGACCCCGGCGGCCCCGGCCGAGGAAGCCGCACGCAGGCCCGCACCGGGCGAGUCGGCCCCACACCUCCCGCAGCCCAGCGGGGCUUCGACUCAGACCGCGUGUCUCCACCGGGGCUGUCGCGCCGGGGAGGGAGCCGCAGGGCAACACCUGCCGCGGCCGGAUGCGCCGGGCCCGCGGGCGCACACACCUGCGCGCGGGCGGCGCUCGACCCGGCGGGGACCCCGGCGUCCCCGGCCCACUGUGUCCGGGCUCGCCGCGCGGCCGCGGUGCCAGAUGGGGGAAGGGGACCCGGGCGGCGACAGCACUUACCUGGCAGCACCUCCUCCUCCACCGGCGGCAGCAGCAGAGCCGGCAGCCCCUGGCACCAUCUUCCGCCGCCGCCUCGUCCGCGGCGGCGGCUACCAACCGCCCAUCGGGCACCGCCAACCGACACAACCGCCGGCGUCCCAGGUGCCGGUCGCGGCCCCGAGCUCCGGGCGGGAGGGAGGGGUCGGGGCGGAGAGGGGACGCUGUCAGGCCCCUCGGCUCUGGGUCAGGGGCCGGGGGGCAGGGGGCCGCGGCCGGUCAGAGCCGAGGGGCCGGGGCGAUACGGAGACCCCCCCAAGGCAGCGCCGAGGGCUCUGCAGGGCCGCGGACACCGCCGCGGUUGGGUUUGUUAUUGUCGACUCCGUCCCUUCCUCCGCGGAGCACGCCGGGAAACGGUGGGCGGGGGGUGGGGCGCGCCGGGCGGCCGGGGCGGCGCAGAGAGGCGCGCGCAGGUCCGGAAGUCGGCAGGCCGCCGGGAAAAGGGGGGCGGCUCCGCCCUCAGUCGCGGUCGGCCGGCCUGCGACUUUGCUGUCCUCUUCUGACCCGGGGACACAGCUGGGGCGCCCUUUGGCGGUGCGAGCCGCGGUCCGGCCGCGGACUGCCCCAAGGUGAUUUUGACCUUUCUCGCCACCGCGAGUUGGCCUGAGGCGGACCCCGCCGAAUUUUGGAUUAGCCCCAGGUCAAACAGCUUAUCUCUUUCCACCUGUCGCCGAGGAGCGGGGCCCACGGAGGUUGUGUGCCCUCGUCGCCCGUCCGCAUACCGGGCAAGAUCUGUAAGAGGAUGACGUACCUGGCUGUGGCCCGGCCAGGCUAGAUUGCCACCACCGCACCCCCACCGCCGGGACUUGAAACAGCUGAUAAGUGGCUCGGGUAACUUCGAGUGUGGGGCGGCACGAUUUUUCUCGGACCGGGCAUGUCUGGUACAAGUGAAAGCUGAGAGGUGCUGUCGCUGUCGGAGCGCCCUUGAGCUGGGUUUACGUAAAAAUGAGCAUUACCACCGUUUUCAGGAGCACCGAAACGGAGCAAAUACUGUUAGGAAGCAGAGUUUGCAACCCUUCGUUUAUCACGGUGGAAACUGAUUUGAAACAAAACAAAACAUUGGACUGGACGACUGGCAAGCAUGAGGGAUUUUUAGUUUCCAUCACACUUACCCGGUAUCUGAAAGUUUUAUUUGAGAAGAGCUUUUCUUGUUUUCUUCCUUUUUUUUUUUUUUUAACCACUUUGUGUUAUUGCUGUACAUUCCCGAGAGAAUCUUGUCUGGCAAAUUAUUUUAUUUGUUUCGUUUUUAUUUUUUUUUUUUAAGCCGGAUUUUUUUUUAUACACCCAGCAAGAUAGAGCUGAGAAGUGAAAAUUAAGAGGUUAAAUUGUUCUUAGGCCCCGGGAGGAGGUACGAACUGGCAGGACCGAAGAAAGACGGUGAUUUUAUUAGUCACCGCAUAGUAACGGGCACACAGAAACUAGGUGGUGAGGAAGAUUUGGCCAAAAAUUGGUUAAGCAAAACACAUUAGGCCUCUAAAGAAUACACCGGUGCUUGAACUUCUCUUAGCUGUCACUGACACUCGUCACUCCAAAUACCACACACUACAGCCCGGAAUGUGAAAACACCACUGAACUAUGCCAGUGAUAAUCUCUUAAAUAAUAAAGUGUUUUUAAAUGUUA